AUGGAAUCCCACUCACCGGCUCCAGCCCUGUACAUCACAGGGCUGGCAUCGCAAUAUCCUCCGUAUCUACUAGGGCCCGAGGAACUUGAAAAGUUUACAGCGCGCUUUUACGACAUAAGCCGCCCAGGGCAAGAAAUCCAUUUUCGAUUGCUCCGCCACAGGAACAAAUCUAAUCCACACGCCCCCUCAAUCAGCGAGAUCGAUAAAUUCUUCCGCCAAGCCGGGGUCGACCUCACCGUUCAAGCGUGUGAAAAGGCCCUCGAAGAAGCACAUCUCGCUCCCCAGCAGAUCACCCACACGAUUGGGGUGACCUGCACCAACCAGGGUAACCCAGGGUAUGACCUACUAGUAGCCCGCAAGUUGAACCUUGCACCCCAUGUCGAUCGCAUGCUUCUCCACGGCGUCGGGUGCGCAGGCGGGCUGUCCAUCUUACGCGCCGCCGCGCAAAUAGCUGGCGGGGCAAGUCUGCGGCGGAGACCAGCCCGUAUCUUGGCUUUUGCCUGUGAGCUGUGCACCCCCAAUCUACGCCAUUAUCUGGCAUUGGCAGAAAAGUGCACAGAAUCAGAUCCAGUCAACAUUGCAGGGGCUUUGUUCUCCGACGCCGCGGCGGCGUUUGUUCUUUGCAAUGAGUACGCUAUGGCUGAGAAUGAGCAGGACACUCAUGUGUUUGAGCUUUUGGAAUGGGGCUAUGAUUUGAUUCCGGAUACAAUCGAGCAUAUGUCAUUCCACGCGGAUAUAGAUGGCUAUCGAGCUAUCCUCAGUCGAGAUGUACCCGAAUACACCAAGCACGCUAUCGGGCCGAUGUUUGAGAGACUUCUUCCUUCAUAUGAAGAACAAAUCAGUUCUCGGUCAAGGGCAGAGGGAAUUCAAGUAUUUGAGUCGCUAGGAGUCCGCGAUUUCGACUGGGCUUUGCACCCCGGUGGUAAAGCAAUCAUAGAUGGUGCAGCCCAGGUCUUACAGUUGUCCGAGGGGCAACUCCAGGCAAGUCGGGAGGUAUACCGCACUCGGGGAAACUCAUCAAGUGCGUCAGUCUUGAACGUCUUGGAUCGACUUCGUUCACGGAGUAGAAAGACCCAUGUUGUUGCUACCUCGUUUGGUCCUGGUCUGUCAAUAGAAAUGGCGCUGUUGAGGAGGUGUUGA